GGCCAAGUCUGGUGUCAUAGCAUUGAUUUGAAAUGUCCGUUGGCAGAGAAUAACCUGCGCAACAAAUUGUUCUAUUCUCAGAGAUACUCGGAAACAACUCCUCAGCAUCCACAGCACAUUCCACACUUGAAUCGGGCUUCAGACCGUUUCGUGUUAUUGAAAAUGAGUAGCUACAGUCAACAGCGCCAUUGUGAUUGUCGCCCUCAGCGCUUUGCUUCUCCUGGAAGAUUGCUUGUUUCAUUGCGUGGAAGCUUCCUCCAUCUGAGCCAGACGAUUCUCUGAAUACCCUUGUGCACCAAGCAUUCUCUGGGUCCAAGGGUCAGGAAGUAUUGUCCAUUAUCCACCUCCAGCUCUGCCUCUCGAAGUUGGAUGGUAUUGAUCCAGUUUGGCGGAAGGCUAAUCUUCGCAUGGUGUAGGAGCGUCUGCUUGUUCCCUGGCUUCUCGUCGAGAUAGAACGGCCCGCAAUAGGACAACGUCUUUUUAGCUGCAUUGGCCAACUCUCUUGUCGUACCUUGUGUCCAGUCGGGUUCGUACGGUUCAACGUCGCUCGAUUGAAGAAUGGCCGCCAUCUGCAAUCUAUCAGAGACUGUCUCAACUCACUGCGCUGGGGUCGUCGACCUCGCGCUGACUGUACCAGCCACUUGAGAUCCGGAACUUACGUAUCCAUCCUCGGUAUACAUGAUAUGUCCCUUGCAUUCUUUCCCCAUAGGGUAGAAGAUGUCUUCGGUGUUCACAACAUUGACUGCGGUGUACGAAAGAAGUUCCCAUGUCCCGAGAACUUGCGACAAGAAGGAAGGCAUGAUUCAAUAUGCUGAAGAAGACUCUUCCCUCGAAAGAUUGGACUUCGAAGCUUGAGCGUAUCACAACACGGAUCGAGGGACAAACCUCCUUUGACAAAGCUCAAGAGGCAGAUAGGUAUCUGUACGGGACAAACGAAGAGAACAAACUGGAGGCAGUGACGAUCUGCAUCUGCUGCCACUGUAUGGAAGGUGCGAUCGAAGCAAACAGCGCUCCUGGGGUACUUUCGCUCAACAUUGAAUGCCCCUGAAAACACAUGAAUGUCAUCUCCCUCGAUGCAGGCAAAGGCCACCACGCAAGGUCUGCCGGUAUAUCACGAGAGACACGCCUCCAUCUACUUGGCGGGAACAUUGGUCGACCUUUGGGCACCCGCAGUUCUGCCUCACCGUUUCCUUUCCCUUCACCGCACCCAGAAUUCACACAGCCGAGAAAUAGAAACAAACAUGGCAAAAAAGUCUGGCCGGAGCGCGAGUCGACCCAACAACUCGCUCUCGCUCUAACACCUCCCCCUUUCAUGCUAUUUCAGAGUUCAACGCCCUCACCCGUAAGACUACGGGUAACUGAGUACCAGAGAAGCGCACACCUAUGUAGCUUGCACAACAGCUCAUCCAAGGAGACUCCGAGGAAUUGCAAAAAAGAGCAAAAAAGGAGGUCGAGGCCUGAUGCCUGCUAACCGAAUGUUAGUUUGUCUUGUCAAUGCCUGGAACCUCUGAGGUCCGAGACAUGAUGCCUUCUUGAUAAGUUUAAGUUUGUCCUGUCAUGUCGGACGAUAUCUGUUAAUCUCGCGUAGGUGACUGUGUACGCAGCUGGGGUUGAGCAUUGAAGUCACAAUGUCGCCAAGAGCAACUUCGACGAAACCAGGUAUCCGGGUACUGCGAGACAAUACCUGAGAUGUAGAGCACCCCGGAGACAAGACGACAGCAUGAACUCUCAAGCUCUUCCGAAGGACACAUCCCAAAACAGACCUGAGAGCCCGAUUAACAGCCCAUCCAGGACACUUUGCGACCAGACGAGAGAUUUUGGCGUCCUGGGACAAUGUCAUGGCUUGAGAAUGCCUCAGCCUUCGGUUCGGCAGCCCAGCAAACGAUCAUUUGAGCAUGGCCUAAGAGCUCUGCUUUGACGCCGACAAGGAGAAAGGGGGCGGGCUGAAGGGUCCAGCGCCACACCGGACUCUAUCCGAGAAACGCACAGAGAGAGAGAGAGAGAGAGAGAGAGAGAGAGCGCGGUGGUCGACCGGUUUAUAAGAGAUGGCGAGCAUCGUCAACAGAAGCAAUGGAUUACAGGACACUGGUAGGAACAAGUCCGAUCCUGGCCACGCGCAAGAACGUUCAUUUCUUCCAAGGCAUCGCUUUUGAUUUCGGCAUAUGUACCAAUAACCCGGGACUUGAAGCUAUAUGCAAGAGAAAACGCCGAUCGCUUACGCUAUCUCACAACAGUACCCGCUCGUCUCAUGUAACUAGCCACCAUGCACCACC